CCCCGAGUGGCUGAAGCUUUCGGGGCUCCGUGCUGUCAGCCGCGGGGUCCGGUGGGCCGGGCGUGGCUAGGGAACAACACCCCUGCCCGCGGGGGUCCCUGCAGCCAUGGCCUGCUCCAUCGUCCAGUUCUGUUCCUUCCAGGACUUGCAGUCCGCGCGCGACUUCCUGUUCCCUCAGCUGCGGGAGGAGACCCCCGGCGCCCUGAGGAGGGACCCGAGUAAAUCAUCAAACUGGGAAGAUGAUAGUUGGGGAGCAUGGGAAGAAACAGAACCCCAGGAAACCGAAGAAGAAGGAAAUGCUUCUAAAACACAAAAAACUUCCUGGCUUCAAGAAUGUGUUUUAUCCUUAUCUCCAACCAGCGAUCUUAUGGUGAUAGCCCGGGAACAAAAGGCUGCGUUUCUAGUGCCAAAAUGGAAGCAUGGUGAUAAAGGGAAGGAAGAAAUGCAGUUUGCUGUUGGUUGGAGUGGCUCCCUGAGUGUGGAAGAAGGGGAGUAUGUGACCAGUGCUCUCUGCAUCCCACUGGCCAGCCAGAAGAGGAGUUCCACUGGGCGUCCUGACUGGACCUGCAUUGUGGUGGGGUUCACGUCUGGUUACGUGCGGUUCUAUACUGAGAGUGGUGUGCUUUUGCUUGCACAACUCUUGAAUGAGGACAAAGUACUUCAGCUUAAGUGCAGGACCUAUGAAAUCCCCCGACACCCUGGAGUGACCGAGCAGAAUGAAGAACUGAGCAUCCUAUAUCCAGCCGCCAUUGUGACUAUUGAUGGCUUCAGUCUUUUUCAGUCCCUCCGUGCUUGUCGGAACCAGGUUGCGAAAGCUGCAGCAUCAGGCAAUGAGAACAUACAACCACCACCGUUAGCUUAUAAGAAAUGGGGUCUACAAGAUAUUGACACUAUUAUUGAUCAUGCUAGUAUUGGUAUUAUGACUCUGUCGCCUUUUGAUCAGAUGAAGACUGCUUCCGUUAUAGGGGGGAUUAAUGCAACAAUUAAAAACAGCCCACCUGCCAUGUCUCAGUAUAUCACUGUGGGGUCCAGUCCCUUCACUGGCUUCUUCUAUGCUCUAGAGGGAAGCACUCAGCCGCUGCUGUCUCACGUCGCACUCGCAGUUGCAAGUAAACUGACUUCUGCUCUCUUUAGUGCUGCCAGUGGUUGGCUUGGUUGGAAAAGCAAGCAUGAAGAAGAGACCGUCCAGAAGCAGAAGCCCAAGAUGGAGCCAGCUACUCCCUUAGCUGUGAGAUUUGGACUUCCGGAUUCUAGACGCCAUGGAGAAAGCAUAUGCCUGUCUCCUUGUAACACCCUGGCAGCAGUCACAGAUGAUUUUGGCAGAGUUAUCUUGUUGGACGUUGCUCGAGGAAUUGCAAUACGGAUGUGGAAAGGGUACCGAGACGCACAGAUCGGAUGGAUUCAGAUUAUAGAGGACCUCCAUGAACGAGUACCAGAAAAGGGGGAGUUUUCCCCCUUUGGAAAUACUCAGGGUCCCAGUCGAGUAGCUCAGUUCCUUGUGAUUUAUGCGCCACGAAGGGGAAUUUUGGAAGUGUGGAACACACAGCAAGGACCAAGGGUGGGAGCUUUCAACGUGGGCAAGCACUGCAGGCUGCUGUAUCCCGGCUACAAAAUAAUGGGCUUAAACAAUGUGACAAGUCAGAGUUGGCAGCCUCAGACUUACCAGAUCUGUCUUGUUGACCCGGUGUCUGCAAGUGUAAAAAUGGUGAACGUGCCUUUCCAUUUAGCACUGAGUGAUAAGAAGAGUGAAAGAGCCAAGGACCUGCACUUGGUGAAGAAACUGGCAGCCCUGCUAAAAUCAAAGUCACUUGGGCCUGAUUCAUUUGAAACGGAAAUAAAGGAGUUGAUUCUUGAUAUUAAGUACCCUGCAACCAAGAGACAAGCUCUGGAAAGCAUUUUGGCCAGUGAGCGUUUAUCAUUUUCCUGCCUUAGAAACGUUACUCAGACUUUAAUGGACACUUUAAAAAAUCAAGAGCUCGAGUCUGUGGAUGAAGGACUGCUGCAAUUUUGUGCCAAUCAGCUGAAGUUACUACAUCUUUACGAAUCUGUCAGCCAGUUAAAUUCUGUUGGUUUUCACUCAGACACACCGUUCUCUGAUAACGACUUGGCUGUGUUGCUAAGACUGGACGAUAAGGAACUCGUGAAGCUCCGGGCCUUAUUAGAGAAGUACAAACAAGAAAACACCAAGACCACUGUCCGGUUUUCUGAGGAUGCAGACGGAGUGCUGCCUGUCAAGACCUUCCUCGAAUAUCUAGAGUAUGAGAAGGAUGUGCUGAGCAUAAAGAAGAUAAGCGAAGAGGAGUAUGUGGCUCUAGGCAGUUUCUUUUUUUGGAAGUGUUUGCAUGGAGAAAGCUCCACGGAGGAUAUGUGUCACUCUCUGGAGUCUGCCGGACUUAGUCCUCAGCAGUUACUGUCUCUGCUCCUAAGUGUUUGGCUUUCGAAGGAAAAAGAUAUUUUGGACAAACCACAGUCUGUCUGCUGUCUUCAUACCAUGCUGUCCCUACUGAGCAAGAUGAAAGUGGCCAUUGAUGAGACAUGGGAUUCUCAGUCUGUGUCCCCUUGGUGGCAGCAGAUGCGCAUGGCCUGUAUUCAGUCGGAGAACAACGGAGCUGCCCUGCUGUCUGCGCACGUUGGGCAUUCUGUUGCUGCCCAGAUGUCCAGCAAUUCUACAGAUAAGAGAUUUUCCCAGACAGCUUUGGGUGCUGAUGCAGAAGCCCUCACAGACUCCUGGGAAGCCCUUUCUCUUGACACCGAGUACUGGAAGCUCCUGCUGAAGCAGCUGGAAGAUUGCCUCAUCCUCCAGACCCUGCUCCACAGCAAGGCCAGUCCUCCAGCUGCCAAGGUGUCAUCUCCACAGACAGAGCCACUUCCAAGGCUUUCGGUGAAGAAACUGUUAGAAGGAGGAAAAGGUGGUGUUGCAGACAGUGUAGCCAAGUGGAUAUUUAAACAGGACCUCAGCCCUGAAUUGUUGAAAUGUGCCAACCAAGGAAGAGAUUCAGAAAACCCAGAUGAACCCAAAGAAGGUAUUGCGCGAAGUUUCCUUGAGGUGCCAGAGGUGCAGAUAGACCUAGGAGCCAUACCAGAUUUGCUGCGUUUAGCCUAUGAGCAGUUCCCGUGUAGCCUUGAGCUUGACGUGCUGCAUGCACAUUGCUGCUGGGAGUAUGUUGUUCAGUGGAAUAAAGACCCAGAGGAAGCACGCUUUCUGGUUAGGUCCAUAGAACACUUGAAGCACAUUCUUAAUGCACAUGUUCAAAAUGGUAUCGCAUUGAUGAUGUGGAAUACAUUCUUAGUUAAAAGGUUUUCUGCUGCCACCUACUUGAUGGAUAAGGUUGGGAAGUCUCCAAAGGAUAGGUUAUGCCGAAGGGAUGUGGGGAUGAGUGACACAGCAGUGACGUCCUUCCUCGGAUCCUGCCUGGAUCUUCUUCAGACUUCACUGGAGGCUGACAUUAGCAGGGAUGAAAUGCAGAUGCCAGUCCUAGACACCGAGGAUGCCUGGCUGUCCGUGGAGGGCCCCAUCUCUAUAGUGGAACUGGCCCUCGAGCAGAAGCCUAUCCACUACCCACUGGUGGAGCACCAUUCCAUCCUGUGCUCCAUCCUGUAUGCAGCCAUGCGCUUUUCUCUUAAGAGUGUGAAGCCUCUCGCUCUUUUUGAUAGCAAGGGAAAGAAUGCAUUUUUCAAAGACUUAACUUCAAUUCAGUUAUUACCUAGUGGAGAAAUGGAUCCAAAUUUCAUUUCUGUAAGACAACAGUUCUUACUGAAAGUUGUCAGUGCAGCUGUCCAGGCCCAGCAUUCUGUCACCAAGGACAAAGAGCCCUCCGAAGAGGCAGCAACCACUCAUUGGGAAGACCACAACUGGCCAGUUCUGGCUGUGGACUUAGCUCAUCACCUUCAAGUGAGCGAAGAUGUCAUUCGAAGGCAUUAUGUGGGAGAGCUGUACAACUAUGGCGCUGACCUCUUAGGAGAGGAGGCCAUUCUGCAAGUUCAUGACAAAGAAGUUCUGGCAUCUCAGCUGCUCGUGUUGACAGGGCAGAGGCUGGCGCAUGCACUUUUCCACACCCAGACAAAAGAAGGCAUGGAGCUGCUGGCCAGACUCCCACCCACACUUUGCACCUGGCUGAAGGCAAUGAACACCCAGGAUCUUCAGAACACUGAUGUGCCAAUCGCCACAACAGCUAAACUAGUGCACAAAGUAAUGGAGCUCCUGCCAGAGAAGCACGGGCAGUACAGCCUCGCCUUACACCUUAUCGAAGCUGUGGAAGCCAUGGCUACUUUAUGACAGUAGUCCAAAGUCCUGCAGCCACAUCAAUCACUGCAUGUCGCUUUACACAGCAAGAUCUGGAACUUUUUGGAGGGUUUUUUUGUAUAAUAAAUAAAUAUAUUACUUUUAAAAAGUGCAAUCCUGGCUAAAUUCCCUUUCUCCAGUUGAGACUGAAGAUAAAAUACAUUAACUGGGCUAUAAUGAAUACAGAUGCUUUACUGUUAUUUUUUCAUUCAGAUAAGCAGCUUUAUUGUUAAACUUUGUAUUGUCACUGAUUAUAAUCUGCAGAUUUCAUUCUUACUGUAGUGCUCCAGUUCAUGUCCACAUAGCUCCUGUGGGGACGAAGUGUCCAUAACAGCUUCCAUCAGCAUGCCAGAGAUUCAGCCCACAGCCCUUUAGAACAUGCAGAGAUGUCCUUAUGUUUGGCCCUGCACCAGGAUGCCACUGGCAGGGAGCUCUGGGUGCCGACUGCUUCCUGUCCUGGGGUGCUGCUGCCAUCAGAGGAGAAAUGGCUUUGAGAUCCGAGAAGGACCCCGGGCCUGCUGUACUUGCCAGAGUGAACAAUGCAUCAAAAUCAACUAUAAUGUAAAUCAAGAUUUACUCUUUAUUUUGUCAAGUUCCAAAAUUGUAUCCACAUCAGGUAAUUGUAAAAAAUGUAUUAUCUUGUAAGACUUAUAUGUAAAAACGAAAUAACAAAGCAAAGAUUCUAAAAUAUUUAAAGUCCAACUUUAUUUUUCUUCCAAGUGUUCAAAAUGUCUGCUUCUGGGAUGUGGUCAUGUUGCCUGUCCUAGGAGGACAAAGAACAUGCUUCGUGCUGUGACAGCCUUAGCAAACCUACCUCACAGCUGGGUGGAGAGGACAAAGUGCAGCCAGUUCUGUAGCCUGUAGUGCCUAGAGCAGGCCAAGCGCUAAACAGAUGUGUGAGUCAAACCCACCUACCCCGGGCUGGCCAGUGCUUGGCUCUGCAGACAAGCAAGUACUUACUGCGGUGAGCCUAUCUCUGGACUGCCAGGGUCGCAGCUGUCACAGUAAUCAUUCCAAUAGAGGGAAGAAGGCAAUUCCACCAUUGUGAAGGCUGAGAAUGUCCUUCAGGGGCACCCAGUAAUGUCAGAUCUAAGAUCGCGGCUGCUAAAACUAACGCUGUCGGAUUUCACUAAGAGAAAUGUUUCGGUGUUGCCCAGGUGGCUGUGAGGAGCUGCGUGCUGCGAUCUCUGUGAGCACAGCUUGACUGCCAUGAUACCGCCCUUUCCAGAGACCUAGGAGGCCCGUUCUCCCGGGCCCUGAGUACUCUGGAGAGAGUGGACACUGCUGAUGGUCCUUUUACUCUAAUCCCAUUACUUGUUUUGGGCAGGGGACAGCUUGUAUUUUUUUGAUUAUAAAAUUGGCUAAAUAUACUCUGGUAGAUCACAUAAGAGAAUUAGAACACAACUUAAGUCUCUUAAGUUAGAUUUGUCACCAAAAAAUGUAAUACACAUAGAAUUUAAAAAUUAAAUCCUGAGUUUAAUAAAGGCAGUGAAAUAUUCUACUUUACUAAGGGCUUUUAAAAUAAACCUGAUAAAGAAAAAUUAACAUUUAUGUAUCCAUUCUCUAACAACAAAGUGCCACAAAUAAAGGAAUUAGGUUCUAACGGGACUGGUGUCCCUGCAACAAGGGCAUGGCAUAUGCUCUUAACCAGUAGUGUUUCCCUAGAUACCCCCUUCUCUCCCUUACAAUUACACACUUUUUUACCCUGCUAAUGAAAGUGUUGAGAUAAUCCUAACUUCUCUACCCAGGCUGUGCUUAGAUGUAGACGCGCAGGGGCCAGGAUGAUGUAGAUACAGCAGUACGUUACAUAGACGUGGAGGGGCCGGGAUGAUGUAGAUACAGCAGUACGUUACAUAGCACCAGGCUUCCCAUGCUUCCUUCCCACUUUAGCCAAGAGACAUAAAAGGUCACCUACGGUGUGAAGCCUGCUGCACUUAAAUAGCUUUUUAAAAUAUGACUACUUAUGAUUUAAAAUCAUAGCUAACUAAGACUUAGUAUCAAUAAGCUUACAUUGAUUACAGCACUCACUUAGAAGUUGCUAUGGUCCAUUUCAUGAAGAAACAAGUAUUCUUACAGUGCACUACAGCAAUAGUGAAAGCCCUCUCAUCUCACAGGGAUGGGUUUACGAGGCAGCUAGAUUCUGCUUAGAUUAGCCAUCCUUGAAAGAUCAAUCCAGUAUUGGAUUGCUCACAAAAUGCUCUAUAAUUUGUCUACUGUCAAUGUAUUGUAAGUAGUGAAUUUUGUACAUACCAUUAUUUUCUGUGUCUAUUCAUUAUUGUGAACUUAUGUAUAUUAGUGAAAUAAAUGUUCAGCUUUUA